CUAUAGUCCGUUAAUCGACAUUUCGUUUGUUUCGGUACCGUCAUUUUUUCGGUUGCCGUUAUCCGGUUAUCCAGUGUUCGGCCUCGCGGUGAUCGGGUACGCUUUGGCGCUCCGUUCGAGUCAUAACUCAUAAUAUAGGCAGAAUCUAAUAACUCGUUUGACAUAAUGGAGUACGACAAUUUUUUGCACUAUUCCCGUCAGCUACAGAUGGCUAACGCAUUGGGUGACGUUUACGUGCACCUGUCGACGUUGAAGACGGCCAAAAGCCAAUUCAUGUUCACGCGCUCUUUGCUCCACAAACAUAAAAUGUUGACUACGACGUUAUUUGUUGACAUGGAGUACAAUAAUGAAGCCACGUCUACGAUUAUUCGACAAAAAGGCAACGAUUUUUUCAGGGCCAAGGAAUUAAGGAAGGCCGUUGACACGUAUUCUAUGUGUUUGUCAGGUAGCGACCCGAUCACCGAGUGCCACGCGCUCGCACUGGGCAACCGAGCAGCCGCGUAUUUCCACUUGGGCAUGUUCGAAGCUUGCUUGAAGGACGUGCGCGCGGCCAUGAUGUCCCAGUAUCCGGACAAACUCGCGUACAAACUGUUCGAGAGAGCCGGGAGGGCAGAAUGUAUGUUGGGCCUCGCCAAACAGGCGAAGGAGAGUUUCACCGAGUGUUUGAAACGACUGGACAAAGUGGACAUGUCCGCGGAAAACAAGUGUAAGUUUCGAGAGGCGAUCAAUAUAGCUGUGGCUCAGUGUGAGGCGCGGCUGGAAGAGCGGAAAAGGACUAAGAAAGUUCCUCCCGCCGAGCAGCUGGUUGGUGGAAAAAAUGAAAACAUUCCAGCGCUGUCAGCCUUUGUGGAAUUAAAAAUGUCUAAGGAUAUGGGACGUGGUGUUUAUGCUACUCACGACAUUAACCCAGGUGAUGUUGUGGCCAUAGACGAACCUUACAUUUGUGGGCCUAUUUCAGAUCAUACAGAAGUUUGUCAUUAUAGUGGUUGCCUGAAAUUGGACGUAGCUCUUUUUCCCUGUCCAAGAUGUUUUUUGGUUUAUUACUGCAAUAAAGACUGUAUGAAAAAAGCUAAAAAAGAAGGACACUAUUAUGAAUGCCCAAUCAUGCGUUUCAUCAAAACAACACCAGGAAUAACAAGAAUGAAUGAACUUGCUAUGAAGUGGUUUUUAAAAGAAUAUUUAAAAAUGGGUCCAAAAAAGUAUUGUUUGGCAGUCAAUAAUUUUUCUAAAUCUAAACUAGAUCCUAAAACAAGGGGUUUUGAUGAUAAUGGUCAAUAUAAGUCUGAUAAUUUUUUAACAGCUUAUUCUUUGGAUAGUGGUGUAGAUAAACUGUCUAUAGAUGUUUUGUUUUUUUUUAACUGUAUUGCAGUUAAUAUGUUGCAUUAUUUGAUAUUAAGUGAAUUCAAAAUUCCAGAAAGUUGUUUAGGUAUUGUGGGUGCUUCCUUUGUGCGAAUUCUAACUGUAUUAGAUUUAAAUUGUAGAAAAUUAAACAUCAAUGCCCCUUCUCUUUCUUUUGAUCAAGUUUCCCAGAUUACUCUUGUAAUAGCAUUUACUUUGUAUCCAACCAUUUCCUUGUUCAACCAUUCUUGUGAUCCAAAUAUAAAACGGAGUGGAGAAUUAACUGACAGAGUAAGGGUUAUGAAAGCUAUUCAACCAAUUCCCAAAGGAACUCAGUUGUUCUGUACUUAUGGAAUAAUGUUUAGAGGACAUAAUAAAGAAUCAAGGCAAAAAUUAUGCAAGGAUCUAUUUAAGUUUGACUGCCACUGCCCACCUUGCAAAACAAAUUGGCCAACCUGUCAUUAUAUACCAAAUCGUCUUUCUACGUUAAAUCUUCUAAAUCCUACCAUGGUAAAUACUGUACAAUUGGAGUGCAAAAAGUUUUUAGAAUUCUCGAAGUCAGUGAAACCAGAAGAUUAUCGUCAGCAUUUAAAUUAUUUGUAUUCAUUUAUUAAGCUAUUGUUUAAUAAUGUUAAACGACCAUUUGAAUUAUAUGAGGAUUGUCUUGAAAUGAUAUAUAAUGCUCAUAUCAUGCAUACCGAUGAAAUAAUAAGAUGUUGUGAAUUUCCAGUUUGAUAUUUUAUUUUUCUAAUGAGUUUAUUAAAAGUUAAAUAUUUGUUA